UCCGAGUACCGGCCGACGCCAAUUGCUCGUUACCGAGCCCAGUUGCGAAUCGCUCUGUGAAAGCGGCAGUGACAUUUCCCCGGAGCGAGGGCUCGGCCCUCGGCGGAGAGAUCGGUCCCCGAGAUCAGAAAAAAAACGCCGUGAGGAUCGUGCACAUCUGCGUGUGCACAACCGCGAGCGAUGAUACUCGCGUUCUCGCGAGAUAAAGAGCAGCGACAUGGUCCCGCGUUUCGCGUAUUUCGACACGACGACCACGACGACAACGUCACUUUGCGCAAGGCAGUAGCUUCUCGUACAAUAAGAAAUUAAUUUGAAUUUCGUUUCGUUAUUCACGCGCGCUUUCAACGAGACUUGUGAGAAAACGUGUUGCGAAUUGAGAUUAGCGUGGAAGUGAUAAGUACAGGUGUCGCGCGGAUUAAAUCGAAGGCUAGUGCGCACAUUGCGCCGACUUUCGGCUGGAUACACCGAGAAGAUGAAAGGGUUACUUUUACUUGGAUAACGCCGACAACCACUGGGGUCUCUUCAAUGUGGAUUUUUCUAAAGAAAUCGUGUUUGAGACCCAAAAGUACCUCUAUCUUUUUCGCAAUCCCGUAAUUUUACUGCAAUGAGUCUUUCGGAGAUUUUGCGGAUCUUCAUCCUGAUCGCGGCGUUUGAAACAGUGACCAUCGCUAAAUCGUUGACCGGAGAUCACGUUUGCUCAAGAUUAGAGAAUUACACAGUUACGUCAUACGAGACUUAUACCGAGCCGGUCAUAGUCAUCACGUUCACCUGGUGCCUGGCAAUUCCCCCGAGAUGUCCCAAGACGAGGAACGAACUACGAACGCGAUGUCGUGUGAAGACGGAGGAAAAAUUGAGGACUGUAAAGGAAUGCUGCGAGGGAUACGAAACGAUUCAAGGCGAUGCGGAAACGGACGCGAGCUGUUUACCGUUUUGCGAAAAAUGUGUGGCAGGUGUGUGCGUCGCACCGAACGAAUGCCAAUGCGAUCCUGGCUAUCACGGAGAUGACUGCGCUCGUGCCUGUCCAUCGGGAUUUUGGGGUCUGCAAUGUAUGGAAGUAUGCGACUGCGGCGAGAGCGGUACCUGCGAUCCCGUAAACGGCACUUGUCAGUGCUCUCCGGGGCUGCGAGGACCUCGAUGCGAGGAGCAUUGCGCGAUCGGCCAAUGGGGCCCGGGUUGUGCAAACGAAUGCACAUGUCAAAAUCGAGAUAAUGGCUGCGAUGCCGUAACCGGAAGCUGCACCGACGACGACGACGUCUCUACGGUCGAGCAAACGUUGCCCGUUUAUUUGCAGAGCUCCACCACCGACCGUCCACCGCAAACACUGGAAAUUAGUAAUACGGAGCAAACGGAGGUUGCCACGGUGCCGCGUGUGACCACCGAACGCCAGGCGGAAGUUUCAACCGCAGAAAUCGAUGACGAUUGGAACGACACCAAUUACAUUCCGGAAACGACGAGUCAGGCAACAGCUUCGAUCGCGGCUCCUCCUCAGGGAGCAGGAGUCUCGACGAAUGAAACACAACUGAAGGAUGCUUCCACUACUGCUCGUCCUGUGAUUGUCCUGGUUUCCGUUCCCGAACGCAGAAGAGACGUCGAGAAGGAUAGGCAAAAGUUUGCGACGAAGAACGUGCCAAAUAUCGACUACAUGAAAACCGUUCACAAAGAUGAUAUUCAAACACCAUCGCUGAUCCCGAUGGACAUCGCUCUGAUCGUCGUCGCCGCGAUCGUCUCCCUUGGUUUGACCUCGCUCGCGGUAGUUAUGAUCCUUCACAUGCGCUCCAAACUGUUCGACACCAUUCGCCUCGCCGUCUACGAUGACGAGAAGACCAAGGGCCAGGAACGCGAGAGCGUGAACGGCGGAAGGAUGUCCGCGAUGAUGAACGCCACACUGCCCCCACCCCCGACUUACGCAAACCCGAUAUUCGCUUAUAAUGCGGAACCGGAAACGAUACUGACGGUCGAUGGCAUUGAAUCGCUAAAUACUUAUGCUAACGGCGCCGCUACGAUCGGCCUGCGAAUUUCUGGUAAUUUUCGCGAUCUGUUACAAGACGGCCAUUACGAUCGACCAUCCGCAACUCUUAUACGUCUGCAGACAAACCAUAAUAGCAUGGACCAUAACACGGAGCACUUGUACGACGAAAUACCCUUGCAGACCACGCCAUCGAAUCGCAAGGAUCUGUAAUGGAGAAACGCGUUUCCUGCACUUACUGCAUUCAUGCUCUCCAGUCUAUUCGUAUCUUUAAUACAGUUCAAUAAUGCGUCAUCGUAAAAGGGACCUUGAAGCGUUUUUUAGGCAAAACGUGACUUGUCGCGGACAAAACGGAUGAAAAGUCGAUCGCUUCGGGACCGAUGAAAAAUACGCGAAAACUGGUUUCCGACCUUACGGCAGAACCGUUGAAUGUGCAAGGCUGAACGUGACUGCAAUUGAAUGGCACAAGGUGGAGAAACAAGUCACAGCACCGUACUGUCAGUGACCGACCAGUAGAAUUUAAUCAGCGGAGCGUGCAAUCUCCUUCUGAAUAAACUAUUUCGACGGGGUUGACGUCAAACACGGGGGCGCAAUGCACCCGAUUACGAUUGCGCGCGAAUGCGUAAUUAGGUGGAAGGCGCAAAAUAAUAGAGUUCCCCGUGUAACGAGCGGGAAAAUACAGCGCGCCGACUGUUAUUAUACAAAUGACAUUAAACGUUUGUGUAGCCUGCGGAGGCGGGAGAUACCUGUUUGCGAAUAAAUAGAUGCGAAAAUAAAUUGCCCCGUAUAAAUCUGACAAUGUCGCGUUCAAUGUUGACGUAAUUUACCUGGUAUGAAUUACCGUUUGCGCAAAUAAAUCUUAUUUAUUCCGAUUACGAGCGAAUCUUUUUCGCACUUAUUUAUUGUCGCCGGCAGAGAAGAGUGCCUAUUUAAUAUUAACGAUAUCAUAUUAUUAUGAAUUCUUCAAUAAUAUAAUCAGUCCCGUAGUAAUUGCAUCCUGAAAACGAAAAUAAUACUGUUUUUCUAGGAAAAUCAUAUCCUGCGAUAAUAUAUCGAGUUUCCGAGUCACAUCACUAAUGACGUGCGAUACGUACGUAAGCGAUAAUACAACGAUAAACGAAAAUUCGUUUAUCUUGAGAGGAAGUGCACUUAAUGACUUUUGUGCAUCGAAAUUGAAACCAAAGAAUAUAGAAAUCCUAUUUAAGGCAGACGCAAUACGUGCGUGCUAGAAAAAUAUGACUUUAGCGCCACUUUUUAUUUGUGAACAUUUCUAAAUAAUUAUCUAUAGUAAAUUAAAUUAAAUAAAUAGUGUGUAAGUGCAAUAUAAUUGCGUAAGUCUUUAUUUGCUACUAUUUUCGUAUCAAUACAGUCUAAGGAGUCGACGUUAAUAUAACUUUAUUAGCAGCAGAUGUAUUUAUAACUGCGUUGUAAGGAAAAAUAAAUUAUGUCAUUAUCUUCGAUACUUUCCUCCGGUGUUUUCUAUAGAAGGGAAGGAAAACUUUCCGUUUCCAUGUCACGCGAUAAUUUGAUGUAUCACUUCGUUUUGCACCGAUUUUUUUAUAUUUUGCACUCGUUUCAAGGAAAUGUUAUUUGCAGUCAGCAUUAGCUUAUCAUAAUUAAAUAAACAAAUAUCGUGCACUUAUCGCAUUUAACAUAUUCUUGCGCGUCCCGCCUUAUUAUCAUCUCGAUUCGCUUAUGUGUCCAUUCCCGAAUGAUAUCACCCGGAUUACGUAAAUAACGUCGAAUGCAUGAAGCAAGAGUUAUAAUCAACUGCGCACACAACAGACAAAUUUUGCGUGUUAUUUAGUGCAAUACUUGCAUCAAGGCAAAACAAUUCAUUACUUUGAAAAUUUAAAAAGCAUUUUUCUCUCAAUUAAAAUAUUAUAUCCAAAGUAAA